AUGAGAAGCAACAAAAACGAUAUGUAUACGUUUAACCCGGGGAAGGUAGAGCCCUUUGGAAAGGCACCAGUUGGUUACAUACCCGGGAAGGGAAGAGGAGUAACGGGAUUCUCUGGUGGUGUUAGUAGAGAUGAUACAACAGACGAAAAGGACAAAAACGACUACUCCGAUUUCAACUAUGAUGAAUUUCACGGGUACUCAGAAUCGCUUUUCAAGGAUGCAGAAUACGAUGAGGAUGAUAAGGAAGCAGAUGCGAUCUAUGAAAACAUAGAUGCACGAAUGGAUGUGAGGAGAAAAAGUAGGAGAGAAAUAAAGCUGAAGGAAGAGAUACAAAAAAUAAGAGCACAAAAGCCAACCAUACAAGAACAAUUUAGUGAUUUGAAAAAAGGAUUAGCAAGUGUAACUGCAGAGGAAUGGGAAUCCAUCCCAACUGUUAUGAAUUAUUCAAGACAGAAACAGAAGAAAGUCCCAAAGAAUUACCUACCUACUCCGGAUAGCCUUAUCAUGAGUAGACUGAACGAUGCAAAUAUGCACUUGAAUUAUUCCGCUUCUUCUUCCAAUGGGUUGAAAACACCCCUAGGGUUAAGAACGCCCCUCAUUGGAGUUAGGACCCCCUUGGGGACGCAAACUCCGUUGGGCACACAAACCCCGUUGGGAAGGCAAACCCCAUUGGGGAUACAAACGCCGUUAGGGUUACGAACCCCCUUAGGUGCAAGUACACCUAUAGGGUUAGGAAUGCAAACGCCAUUCAUGAAAGGAGGGGGGUUUGGUCUGGAGACGCCAUUUCUGAGUAGACAUUUAUUAACGGCCAAGGGAAGAAAUGCUCCCUCCUCAGCAUAUAGCGGAUUGAACACGCCUUUUACCCUGUCGGGAUAUAAUACCCCCCUAAGUGCAUCCACCGCAGGGGGAUAUAAUACGCCGCUCAUGAACGGAGUAAAUAAACUUUCUCUAAAUGAUGUUGGAGAAGCGAGAGGAACAGUGUUGUCCGUCAAGCUGGAUGAACUGAUUGACAGUGUAGAGGGGCAGACGGUUAUCGACCCGAAGGGGUACCUAACUAAUUUAAAUGCGAAAAGUUUAGUGAACGACGCAGAUAUAGCGGAUAUUAACAAAGCCAGGUCGUUACUCAAAUCGGUCAUCAGUACCAACCCAAAGCAUGGACCCGGAUGGAUUGCAGCUGCUAGAGUGGAAGAAUUAGCACAAAGGAAAGACAAAGCAAAAGAAAUAAUCACUAAGGGGUGUAUAGAAUGUUCGAAAAAUGAGGAUAUUUGGUUGGAGGCAGUACGACUGGAAGACAAGUUAAGUGAAGUAAAAAUAAUUUUAACCAAAGCCAUUAAGGAAAUACCCACGUCGGUUAAACUGUGGUUGGAAGCUUAUAGGAAGGAAAAUAACGUUGAUGAUAAGAGGAAGGUUCUGAGGAAAGCCAUCGAGUGUAUUCCCAAUUCAGUUCGUCUUUGGAAAGAGGCCAUAUCCUUGGAGAGCGAAAACAAUGCAUACAUAUUGCUAAAGAGAGCAGUGGAAUGCAUCCCACAGUGUAUCGAAAUGUGGAUUGCCUUGGCUAGACUAUGUCCCUAUACGGAAGCACAGAAAGUUUUAAACGAAGCGAGAAAAAAAAUACCAACCAGCGCAGAAAUAUGGAUCAAUGCAUCUAAAUUAGAAGAGAAACAAGGAAAUAACAAUAUGGUGGAUAUUAUUAUUAAGAGGUGUAUAGAAAACUUGUCCUCUAAAAAUGUCGUUUUCGAGCGAGACAAAUGGUUAAAGUUUGCAGAGGAGAGUGAGAAGUCUGAGUUUCCCUUAACAUGUGAAAGUAUCAUCCGAAAUACAAUGAACAUAGGUGUAGAGAGUCUGAAUAAAAAACGAAUUUACAAACAGGAUGCCGAAAAUUGUAUUAAGAAUAAGUCGAUUCAUACCGCUAGAGCCAUUUAUAAUGAAGCACUGAAGAUUUUUAAAACGAAAAAGUCCCUAUGGUUAGCCUUGGCAAAUCUUGAACUUGCAUAUGGUAACAAAGAAAGUGUGGAACAGGUCCUCCAGAGGGCUGUGAAGAGUUGCCCACAUUCCAGUGUCCUCUGGUUAAUGUACGCAAAACAAAAGUGGCUAAACAAUGAAAUUGAUAAAGCGAGGGAAAUACUUGCUGAGUCAUUUAUGCACAAUCAGAAUACGGAAGUGAUCUCCUUGGCGGCCAUAAAACUGGAAAGAGAAAACAAUGAAUUCGAUAGGGCCAGAUUUUUACUAAAAAAGUCCAGAGUUCAAUGUAAUACACCAAAAAUUUGGAUGCAGUCUAUCCAGCUGGAAAGACUACUCAGGAAUUAUAAGGACGCCAAGGAGUUGGCACACGAAGCGCUACAAACUCACAAACGAUUUGAUAAACUUUAUAUGAUUGCUGGACAGAUAGAACUAGAAAUGAUGCGUGCUGAGCUGGACUGUCCGGGAGGGGGAGAAGGACCCAUGCACGAAAACGGAGUUCACACAGCUAGUUGUGCUUCCACCAUUCUUAGCAGCAACCACAGUCGUACUGGGAGCAACGCUAAAAGCGCUCGAAAUGAUGCCUCCUCGGAGGAUGCUCACCCGGUAGAGGAGGAACAACCACACACUAGUAAUGCAUGUAACGCGAAUGAUCACUACGCCAAUGCACAGAAAAUAUACGACGAGGGAUUGAAGCACUGCCCCUCCUCCAUCAACCUCUGGCUAUGUGCCAUAGAUCUCCAAAUCGAAAAAAAAAAUUAUACCUCAGCUAGGGCGCUAGUGGAAAAGGCAAAAAUAAAAAUCAAAAGCAUCCACGCGGCCAAUAGUAACAACCACGUUCUAAAGAAUAAGGAAAUUAUUGAGAGCAACGAAUUUGCCCUUGAAGAUGAGCUAAACAGAAAUGACGAUGAGGACACCAAAAGUGGAACCAACGUCAGCAACUUAACCAGUGGGAAAAAUGACUUGAGUAAAAAUGCAGCCAUCAACGCAUCUAUUAGGGUUAUCGAGAAUUACGAUUUACUCUGGAUCAAACUGAUAGAGAUAGAAUCUCUCUGCAAUAGUAAUAAUAUCACUCCUGUCAUUUCGGAGGCACUGAAGGAAUGCCCAUCCUCCGGCAUCCUCUGGUCCAAGGCAAUCGAAUUUGAAAAUAAGAACCUACAAAAUAGCAAAUCUGUUACUGCUUUUAACAACUGUGGGAAUAACGCCUACGUCAUUUUAACCGUGGCGAAAUUGUUCUGGCAGCAUUUCAAGACACAGAAGGCGAGGAAGUGGUUUUACCGCGUGAUCAGCCUCAGCCCGAACUUCGGUGACGGAUGGGCCACCUUCCUCGCCUUCGAAAUCGACCAGCAGAACGAGGUCAACCAGAAGGACAUAAUCAACAAGUGCAUCAAGGCGGAGCCCAACCGAGGCUACAUGUGGAACAAAAUCACCAAGCGCGUCGAAAACUGGAGGCUCAAGUACCCGCAGAAACUCUACAAGUACAUCAAAGAGCUCUUCCCCGAAGUCUUAAAGAAAAAAAUUUCGGAGCAAAUAUGGAAAAUUAUGAGCGACGAGAAUGUUGGUCUUCCGGUUUCACCGUCUAACCCCACGGUAGAUGCGCUACCAACAGUAGAAGCAGCGGAUGAACCCGAAGUUGGGGAUACAAACCAGACGGACCACACGGUGGACGACAAAACUGUCUCCGGCAAAAAGGGGAAAGCCAAGAGCGCGGAAAAAAAAACAAAUAAACGUAAAGGCACCAAUGAAGAGGGCGAAGAACCUGAAAAGGCGGACCGACGGAAGAAAAAAAAAUGA